CAGGAACUGUCCUGCUUGGCUGGGUGCGUUUCCCGCCGGGCCUGUGAUGCCGCGGACCGCCCCGGACGCCGGAGACCGGAGGACGGCCCUGCGAGUCGGGUAGCAUGUCGAGUUUCUCUAGGGCCCCCCAGCAAUGGGCCACUUUUGCUCGAGUUUGGUAUCUCUUAGAUGGGAAAAUGCAGCCUCCUGGCAAACUUGCUGCUGUGGCAUCAAUUAAACUUCAAGGAUUGCAUAAACCUGUGUAUCAUCAACUGAGUGACUGUGGUGAUCAUGUUGUCAUAAUGAACACAAGGCACAUAGCAUUUUCUGGAAACAAAUGGGAACAAAAAGUAUACUCCUCACAUACUGGCUACCCAGGUGGAUUCACACAAGUAACAGCUGCACAACUUCACCGAAAGGAUCCAGUGGCAAUUGUAAAACUAGCUAUUUAUGGCAUGCUCCCAAAAAACCUGCACAGGAGGACCAUGAUGGAGAGGCUGCAUCUUUUCCCAGAUGAGGAUAUACCAGAAGAUAUUCUUAAGAAUUUAGUGGAAGAGCUUCCACAACCACGAAAAGUACCCAAACGUCUAGAUGAGUACACACAAGAAGAAAUAGAGGCUUUCCCACGAUUGUGGACUCCACCUGAAGAUUACCGGCUGUAGAGAAAUGAAAAUUGCAGAAAAUCACAACGAGGUGAUUGAAACUUCUUCCUGAUGAGUUUCUCCUGACCUGCAGGGCCAAGUGAAGCGCUGCUACAUUGGGGUGGAAGCUGUUAUGGGCGCUGAAAGGUGGUGGAGAAAGGUCAGAAGGGAUCUUCCUUCUAUAGGAAAUGGCAAUAGAAUACAUUAUUUUAUAGAACUGCUGUCAUGUAAAUUGGAUUUGAAUGUUAUCAGUGGUGAUAAGAAUAAAGUUGGCUAACUCACUUGGCUAACUA